AUGGACAAUUCCGACUUGAAUCGGGAGCUAUACACAGCCCCGCCUAUGGUCGCGUCACUCAAUGCAGAAUUUUCUGAAGAGAGAAAAGAUAGCCCUUGGGCAGACGAGAGUUAUUCGUCUCGAUCAAAUUUGGCCCUGCUAGAGCCUAGGACGACUGAACCAGGAACUGCAUUUCCUAAGUAUCAAGGGUGGUCUACGCAGGCCCACGUCAUUAGAAGAGAAAGCAUCCCGCCUCCGCCACCACUUCAACCACAAUGGGAUACUAGCCGCGAUGGCCUCUCCUCUCAAACAUUAUUUCCUAGCUUCCAAACUGCGCCUGCCCAGGUUCACGUUAUUAUAAGAGAUGCCAUGCCGCUUCCGCCUUCACUUUCACCAAUACCAAAUACUAACCGCGAUACUUUUCGACCUACACAACCAAAUUAUCUUCUACCUUCUUUGAUCUCAGGACCAUCGGCGCACGCAUCAAAUCUGCCCACGAUUGAGGCUGGGCUUUCUAACGAAGAAGCUCCAUCUACACAUGCCACUGCCAUUGACAGGCUCUAUAUAGACAUACCAUACGAAGUGCCUCCACCGCUGCCUCCACCGCUGCCUCCACCAAGAUGGAACAGCUCCAACUCUUUUCUGGCUCCAGAUCCAUCACCGGGACAUCUUCAGCCUCCAGCUUCUGAAUCGUAA